GUACUACGCCUAUCUUCAGCAAGCUCAGGCAUUUUACACAUUUCCCUUCCAUCAGAUGAUGACUGCAGUGCCCAACAUGGAAAUGAUGACUGAGCAGCCAUCUCUAGAGGGCAUUCCAGAGCCAAACGUUGCUCAGGAGCCUCCAAAAGAAGUUAAAAAAGGAGGAAGGAAAAGAAAAGCCAAAGUGACUGAGCCAAAGCAACCCAAGAAACCUGCUCCUAAAAAGGAAAAAACAGCCAAGUCAAAAGGCAAACAGGAAAAGAUCACAGAUACUUUCAAAGUGAAAAGAAAAGUUGACCGUUUUAAUGGUGUGUCUGAGGCUGAGCUUCUGACCAAGACUUUGCCUGAUAUUUUGACCUUUGAUCUGGACAUUGUAAUAAUUGGCAUAAACCCUGGCCUGAUGGCAGCUUACAAAGGACAUCAUUACCCAGGACCUGGAAACCAUUUCUGGAAGUGUCUGUUCAUGUCUGGUCUAAGUAAUGAACAGCUGAACCAUAUGGAUGACCACACUUUGCCACAUAAAUAUGGGAUUGGAUUUACAAACAUGGUUGAAAGGACAACACCUGGAAGCAAAGACCUGUCCAGCAAAGAGUUUCGGGAAGGAGGGCGAAUCCUGAUGCAGAAGCUACAGAAGUACAAACCUCGGAUAGCAGCUUUCAAUGGCAAAUGUAUUUAUGAAAUUUUUAGUAAAGAAGUUUUUGGAAUAAAAGUUAAGAACUUGGAAUUUGGACUGCAACCACACAAAGUGCCAGAUACAGAAACUCUCUGCUACGUUAUGCCAUCAUCCAGUGCAAGGUGUGCUCAGUUUCCUCGGGCCCAAGAUAAAGUUCAUUAUUACAUAAAGCUGAAAGACUUAAGGGAUCAACUGAAAGGCAUCGCACCCAACACAGAGGUGCAGGAGGUGCAGUACACGUUUGACUUGCAACUUGCACAAGAGGAUGCUAAAAAGAUGGCUGUGAAGGAAGAAAAAUAUGAUCCAGGCUACGAAGCAGCAUAUGGAGGAGCUUACUGUGAACCCACGUCGUAUGGCACCGAGCAGUGCAGCUUCUCUUCAAACAGAGCUGGGAGCAACCCACAGUACUGUGAGGGACCAUCCUUCGGUGACGUCCCUAACGGACAGUGGAUGGCACAGUCCUUUGCAGAGCAGAUUCCAGAGUUCCAUGCUGGUGUGACACGGGAAGAGGAGGGAAGCUGUGUGUAG